CUCCCCAUCCCGCUGGGCACCCCCGGGGCAGCCAUGUACCCCCCGCCGUGGACCGCAGCCUGGCUGCUCCUGCUCCACGGCUGUGCCGCGGGCCGGCCACCGCGGGCCACCUCCGCCAAGACCGACAUCCGAGACUGCUCCGUGGACCCACCGUACCUGCCCCCCACGGCCACCAACACAACGGCGCGGCUCUCUGCUCUGCGGGGUGUCAUGCGAGCCCUCCGUGUCCAUGCCUACAUCGUGCCCUCCACGGAUGCUCACAUGAGCGAGUACAUCGCCGAGCGGGAUUCCCGGCUGGGCUGGCUCACCGGCUUCACCGGCUCCGCGGGCACCGGCGUGGUGACAUGGGACAAGGCUGCCCUGUGGACCGACAGCCGCUACUGGACCCAGGCAGAGCGGCAGCUGGACUGCAACUGGGAGCUGCAGAGGACAACCUGGAUCGAAUCCAUCGGGACGUGGAUCCUGGAGGCGGUUCCUGCGGGAGGGAACAUCAGCUUGGACCCCUUCCUCUUCUCCAUCGACACCUGGAACAGCUACAGCCAGGCCCUGCAGGGCUCUGGCCGGACCCUGCUCCCCAUCGAGGACAACCUCGUGGAUCAAGUGUGGGGUGACCAGAGACCCCCCCCAGCCUCCGGCGAGAUCUACACCCUCCCGGAGGCUUUCACGGGGAGCAGCUGGCAGGAGAAGGUGGCCGGGAUCCGGCUGCAGAUGGAGCGGCACGUUCGACGCCCCACGGCCGUGCUGCUGUCGGGGCUGGAGGAGACGGCCUGGCUCUUCAACCUCCGUGGAGACGACAUCCCCUACAACCCCGUCUUCUACUCCUACACCCUGCUGACCAACACCAACAUAAGCCUGUUCGUGGACGAGCGGCGGCUGUCGGCGGCGGCGCGGCAGUCGCUGCGGGGGGGCUGCCCGGGACCCCUCUGCGUGGAGCUGCAACCCUACGGGCAGACCCGCGCCCACCUGCGCCGCUACGCCGGGGGCAACGUCACCGUCUGGCUGGGCACCGAGUACACCACCUACGGCCUCUACGGCGUCGUCCCCCCGGAGAAGCUGCUGGAGGACAGCUACUCCCCCGUCAUGCUGGCCAAGGCGGUGAAAAACGCCAAGGAGCAGGAGCUGCUGCGAGCCGCUCACGUCCGGGACGCGGUGGCUGUCAUCCAGUACCUGCUGUGGCUGGAGAAGAUGGUCCCGCAGGGGCGGGUGGACGAGUUCUCGGGGGCGCAGCACAUCGACGCACUCCGCCGAGCCCAGGAGCACAGCCGCGGGCCCAGCUUCCAGACCAUCUCUGCCAGCGGGCUCAACGCGGCACUGGCCCAUUACAGCCCCUCCAACGGGAGCAGCCGGCAGCUGUCCGUGGAUGAGAUGUACCUCUCGGACACCGGAGGGCAAUAUCUGGAUGGGACGACAGACAUCACGCGGACAGUGCAUUGGGGUGUGCCGACCCCUCUCCAGAAGGAAGCCUACACCCGUGUGCUGAUGGGCAACAUCGACCUGUCCCGCCUCGUCUUCCCACCCAACACGGCAGGGAGAACGGUGGAGUCCUUCGCCCGCCGGGCGCUGUGGGACGUGGGACUCAACUACGGCCACGGGACCGGCCACGGCAUCGGCAACUUCCUCUCGGUCCACGAGUGGCCCGUGGGCUUCCAGUCCAACAACAUCCCGCUGACGGCCGGCAUGUUCACCUCCAUCGAGCCCGGGUACUACCAGGAUGGCGAAUUCGGGAUCCGCAUUGAGGACGUCGCUCUUGUGGUGAAGGCACAGACCAAGGAACCCUUCCUGACCUUCGAGGUGGUGUCCCUGGUGCCCUACGACCGCAACCUCAUAGACCUCAGCCUCCUCUCGCCCGAGCAGAUCCGCUACCUGAACACCUACUACGAGACCAUCCGGGCGCGCGUGGGGCCGGAGCUGCGGCGGCAGCGGCUGGAGGAGGCGUACGGCUGGCUGCAGCGGAACACCGAGCCCUUCCCGCUGCCCAGCUCCGCCGAUGCCACCACCACGGCCGGCACGCUGGCCCUCGCCUCCCUGCUCCCCGCGCUGCUCGCCGGCCCCCGGGCCUGACGCUGCGCCGGUCCCCUCCCUGCCGCCGCCGUUUCUUCUCCCCGACGCUCACUUCCCUAUUUUUUUUUUUUUCUGUUGUUGUUUUCUUUUGUUUUCUAUUUGCU